AUGCAAGACGCAGUCCGUCCCACUGAGCAGGCCGCUCGGAGCAUGUAUGCUCGGGGUUACCAAACGUGGUAUAGGUUAUCUGAAAGCGCUUCUGAAGAAUCGCAUUUGCAGAGAGACAGUCUGCGGCGCUUACCAACCGCCUUUCCCAACCACCCCCAUUUUCCGACCAACGUCGCUGUUGAUGAAUUGUUCAGAAACACUGCCUUGGUCAAAGCGAUUACUACCUGGCUCCCCACUCAAGACCCAGGGCAUUUGCCGCCAUUCACAGAGGAAGCUGUUUUCAACAUUGCAUGGGAUAAGCCAACCAAAGUCAUCCUGACACCGGACACACGAUGUUCCAUGGCAACUCUGCCAGAUAUCUUUGGCGAAAAAAGUGUUCAUAUUCCUGUGCUGCUCCAGACUUGGGCAUAUAUUCUUUCUGCGAGAUGGGUCGAAUUAAUGCCCGGCGCACAAAUAUCUCUGCGAGAGACGCAACAGUCUGACGGGGGCUUACAUAGGCCGAACCCGUCGUCAGACAAUCAGGCAGUCUCCACAAUCCACAUUGGUGCAGCCUCUGAAGAGGCCACUCGCUGGUGGACUGCGAUUUUAUCGGUCCACAGCGGCUGGGAUGCAACGAUCCGCAAUAACAAGGGCGACCUUCUUCAUUCACCAUGGUCUACGACACUUACAUCGGAGCGCUCGUUCCAGAUCUUGGCCCAGAUCAAGACAACAAUGGCAGCAUCAGACACUGUGCCGAAUUCAGCAACUGCAGCAUGGGGUUAUUUGGCCGACUAUUGUAUCAACCAUGGCAUCAGCGAGGACCUAAACCUAGCAGCUCUGGCAGCAGCUUUAUUGAUCCCGGCUGUCAAAUAUGAUGGCCGGUCGAUCGGGUUGCCAAUCCCCAAUAUAAUUUGGGAUGAGCACAGACUAAAGGAUAAGUCUCCUGUACCUUCCAGCUUCGUGACGAUAGACCAACCCCAGCUGGACAAGCUCUUGACCCUCAGUUGUAACGCUAGAGCAACGAAGGCUCUUCUAACCAGCGUCUUUUUUGAACCCGGCGUUGAAAGCAACAUAUGUGGGAUGUGGUUACGAGGCUCGUUUGCAUUUCUCAACACUAUCACAAACCCUCACCUCCUCAUGCGGACUCUAAUACAGCGUGAUCCAGAGAUUGGUUUCUUAUGGAUCGGCGCGUUCAUAACAGGGACAUCGGACAAGGCGUUUCGUGAGGGUCGCGCCGGUUGGUGGAAAGUCGAUCUUGGAGCAGCUGCUUGGACGGGCACUUUGAUGUCUUUUGUCCAAGAGCAAGUACCUCACCCAAAGGCAGGAGCAACAUCAAUCUCGCGGGCUGAUGAAUGUCGCCUACUAUUCCUUUGUCAUGGCAUGGAUUAUACCACCCCGCCAUUAUUUCCCUUCCAACCAUUCGGCUCUACCAACUUAGAGGACACGAACCUUGAGGUCCACGAACACUCGCUCUGUGAGCAAGAUCAUACCCUUAGCUAUGUUGGCCUGACCUGGCACUGCAACGACGGUAAACAAGUCAUGCAACGACCAAAGGUCCCUCUUGUUGCGAUGAGAUAA